AUGUCUCUCCCGGCGCUUCCGCUACAUGUCUCUCCCGGCGCUUUCGCUACAUGUUUGUAUUUACAAUUAGGCCCCUUAUUUGUCAUUAAAGUUCGGCUCCUUAUUUGUCCUUACUCUUCACUUGCUCCUUCUUUGUCCCUAUUCUUCGGAAAUUAUUUGUCGCUACACAUCCGCUCCCUAUUUGAUCAUAAGUCUUCCUCACCUUAUCUGCUUCGACUCCCUGAACCUUCCCUCCUUAACCCUGCACUUUCGUUUCUUCUUAAAUUUUUUAUCUCACUCGUCAUCAGCUCAUUUCUCGCUUUUCAUCCACGUCAUAUUUUCCCCAACUCUUCCGCUAUAUGUUUCUCCCUUCUAUUCCGCGGCAUAUUUUCCGUAGUCUUCCGGUACAUAUUUGUCACUUCUCUUCCACACCACAUCUGUCUAUCUGCAAUAUGUCUUUACUUUAAAAAUUUUGAUGUGCCAUUGAACUCUCUCUCUAUCUCUCUAUCUCUCUCUCUAUCUCUCUCUCUAUCUAUCUAUCUCUAUCUCUCUAUCUAUAACAUCAAUUUCAUUUAUUGGAUGGUGGAGAGAAAACAAAUUUUUAAUAUUUUUAAUAUUAUCAGAUAA